GUCGUCAUCCGAUCCAAGUUGGUGUAUUACAUCUUGAUUCUAUCACGCCGUAUCAUCACGUCAGCAGCAACAGCUGAAACAAAGGUCGCUGAAUUGAACUUGUAAUAAGUCGCCAUGGAUAUCGAAGAAUUCCGCAUUCGCGGGAAGGAGAUGGUGGAUUACAUUUGCGAAUUUAUGAGCAACAUUCACAACAGAAGGGUCACCCCGGAUAUUGGUCCCGGCUAUCUCAGGCCUCUGCUACCGUCGGGACCGCCGAAUGAUCCGGAAUCUUGGGAUGAGAUUAUGAAGGACGUGGAAUCAAAGAUCAUGCCGGGCAUCACGCAUUGGCAGCAUCCAAGGUUCCACGCCUACUUCCCAGCCGGAAAUUCUUUUCCUUCUAUUCUUGGUGAUAUGCUAUCUGAUGCGAUAGGCUGCAUUGGAUUUUCUUGGGCGGCCAGCCCGGCCUGCACAGAACUGGAAACAAUAGUCUGCGAUUGGUUUGGCAAGGCGAUUGGAUUGCCUACGGAUUUCUUAUACUUUAGCGAAGGCAGUAAAGGCGGAGGCGUUAUACAGGGUUCAGCAUCGGAAUGCAUUCUCGUGUGCAUGCUGGCCGCUCGAGCACAAGCAAUUGCGAGACUCAAGGAAUCUCCUGCACAUGCACACUUGGACGAGACCGCGCUGCUCGGCAAACUAAUGGCAUAUUGUAGCCGGGAAAGUCAUAGUUCCGUCGAGAAGGACGCAAUGAUAUGCUUCGUAAAGCUGCGUAUCCUUGAGCCCGACGAGAAAAGCGUACUUCGUGGGGAGACUUUGCGACAGGCGAUCGAGAGUGACACAGCUGAAGGCUAUGUUCCCUUUUUUGUCUCAACGACCCUCGGCACAACCGCAUGCUGUUCGUUCGAUAACCUUAGGGAAAUAGGUCCGGUUUGUAAAAAAUAUCCAGGGAUUUGGCUUCACGUGGACGCCGCUUAUGCCGGAAACGCUUUCAUCUGUCCAGAAUUGAAAUACUUGAUGAAUGGGGUUGAAUACGCCGAUUCCUUCAAUACCAAUACCAAUAAAUUUUUACUGACGAAUUUUGAUUGCUCCUGCCUCUGGGUUCGCGACAGAUUUAAACUUACCAGCGCACUCGUUGUGGAUCCGCUGUAUUUGCAACAUACACACGCGGACACGGCCAUAGAUUAUCGGCAUUGGAGUAUAGCGUUGAGCAGGCGAUUUCGCUCAUUAAAACUGUGGUUUGUAAUGAGAAGCUACGGAAUAUCCGGGCUACAAGCUUAUAUCCGAAAUCACGUCAAACUUGCUAAAAGAUUCGAGGCAUUCGUCAGAAAGGAUUCUAGAUUCGAAGUUUGCAAUGACGUUGUGCUGGGCUUGGUAUGCUUUCGCGCUAAAGGCAGCGAUAAAUUGAAUCAGAAAUUAUUGAGCACUAUUAACGACUCAGGAAAGAUACACAUGAUCCCGGCGCGAGUAAAUCAGCGUUACACAAUACGUUUCGCGCUAUCCGCACCUCAUGCUACUGCCAGAGAUGUUGACACGGCGUGGAGCAUUAUAACGGACUAUCUAAGUGAAUUAUUGGAAUUCAAUGAUGUAAUGGACGAGUUAGCGGACAUUCGCGAGAAGAAGAGGAAGGCUACUUUGGAGCAAAGGAGAUCUUUCUUCGUGCGCAUGGUAUCUGAUCCUGCGAUUCAGCCAGGAUUCACGAAAACUCCGAACAGGACAGGAGCCAAACUCGACACGCAAGCAACAAUUGGUGGUAUCGGAUCGAAUACUCAUUCCGGAACGAAAUCCUGGAUAUCUUGGCCACUUGCUUAUCUCAUGCAGGCGAAAGAAGCUGCUGAUACAAGUGAAUUAUCGCUCAGAUUCCGCCACUUGGACACCAUGGUACGCCUGAAGACCGGCGGUACCGGAAGUCGCCGCGAUAGCAGUAACGGAUGCAGCCCGGAUCCGUCCCCGUCUGCUUCGCCCUCGCGAGGCAGAUCGCCCAACGGCCGCGCGUAAUCGCAUUACAUCGAUCUUUUCUUUCUUCGUGCAAUUUUUCCAAGGAGUCCUCUAAGCGUAUAACAAUCGCAAUGAACGACUCUCUGUGCUCCGAAACCCCAUCUGUGUGCUCCAAGAAAAUAGACAGAAGGAAAAUCCACUAGUUACGACUUUACAUCGGGAACUGAUACUGCCGACAAUCUCGAUAUACAAGCCCACCUUAGACCACAUAUAUAAUUUGGGACAGAGGGAAAUAAUUCUUUAUAUAUACAUAUAUAAAA